AUGACUACAUCAGCAGCGGUGUCGGUCCAGAACAUCCGUACUCUGGUUCCCCUGCUCCUCGACGUCAACUCCUCCUUCUACGCUCGCUGGAAGGAGUCCUUCCUCGACGUCCUCGGCAAGUACUCCCUGCAGUCUCACGUCCUCUUCGACACCGUCUCGCCUGCCUCUCCGUCCUGGGUGCGGAUGAACUGCGUCGUUCGCACCUGGCUGAUCGGCGCCAUCUCCGACGACCUCGCCGACAUCGACAGUCAGCGUGGGGCUUUUGCUCGCACCAUCUGGCUCGCCAUCAACUCCCAGUUCCUUGGGAAUCACGUCACGCGCGCCCUCUACGCCAACCAGGAGUUCCGCGCCUUCACCCAAGGCGAUCUGUCCGUCAUCGAAUAUUGCCGCCGCUUCAAGCGUAUGGCCGAAGACCUCCGGGACCUUAGCCAACCUGUCACCGAGGCGACGCUCGUCCUCAACAUCAUCCGUGGGCUGAACGAGCGCUUCAGCGCUCUCGGCCUUCAUCUCCGCCGCAGCAACCCUCUGCCCACUUUUCUGCAAGUCAGAGACGAUCUGCGCCUUGAGGAACUCACCAUGGCCAAAGCUCCUCCGGCCACGGCGCUCGCUGCCCUCUCCGGCCCUACUACUGGCAGCUCCGGUGGCCCCAGGCCGCCAGCCUCCACGCCUUCGUGUCCUUCACCGCAGCAGCCCUCCACCCCGAAGUCGCCACAUCAAGCGACGUCUAACUCCGGGGGCGGCGGUUCCCAGCGCGGCAAGCGUGGUGGCAAGCGCCACAACAAGGGGGGCGGCAACUCCGGCGGCAACGGGAGCCCUUCCUCAAGCGGCACCCCUACUUCCGGUGGCAUAGGCGGACCAGGCCCAGGCUGGCCCUCCUACCACAACCCUUGGGCCGGCUCCAUCUACAUGUGCCCAGGCCAACGGGCUCUGGCGCCGCCUCGGUCUGCUGGCCCAAUCUAG